AUGUUUAUGAACGAUCUAGUGUAUGUUGUAAAUCAAAGUAAACUGUCGGCAUACACGGACGAUACGCAAAUCUUUCACACAGAUCAAGAUCCAGUCAAAGUUCAAGAAACUAUAAAUUCUGACUUGGCCAACGUUGACAAAUGGUACGUAGAAAAUGGAAUGAAAAGAAAUCACACAAGGUAUCAAGCCAUUGUAAUGGGAAAAUGCAAGAUUAAACCUGAAUUUUCCUGCGAAAACACAGUCAUCAAGAACAGUGAUGUUUUAGAGUUACUUGGGGUAACGGUUGACGAAAAACUGAAAUUUGGCAUGCAUGUAAACAAAGUUUGUCGCAAAGUUUUUCGCAAAGUUUCUCAACAAGUUGGCAUACUAAAAUGUAUGAGGAACUUGCUUCCAUUUGAAACGAGAUUAAGUAUUUACACUUCCUUCAUCGUUCCACAUUUUAAUUAUUGUUCUGAAAGGUGGCAUUUCUGCAAUAAGUCAUCUUCCGAUAAGUUGGAGAAAGUCAAUGAACGUGCAAUUCGUUUUGUCUUCAAUGACAAAUCUACUCCAUAUGAAGAACUGCUUAAUAAAAUAGGAACUAUACCAUCGAGACAACAAAGAGUUAAGAAAAUAAUAUCGAAUGUAUAUAAAUUAAUAAACGACUCUAACUCACCGGAAAGCCUGAAAGACUUUCUAAAUCUCAGACAAAGUACAUACUCGCUUAGAGGUAAAGAUAUUUUAAAACUGCCCAAAGUAAAUUCGACCACAUAUGGACUGAAGUCUUGGCAGUAUCAAGCCGCCAAAUUAUGGAACGCUCUCCGUGACCUAGUUAGAUCGGCAGAGAACUCCAAGGCAUUUAAAAAUAGUAUAAAUAAGUUUGACAUUAAGCAUAUUCUGGAUGUUUUCGAUACAUAA